AUGGAUUCUGAAUCAAAGAACAGUUUCAUAGGAAGCUUUCUUCAGCCACCAGAUCGGAUGCUUCCUGCAGCCUUUGCUUAUAUAGAAUCAAAGAAGUUGGCAGCUGUUGCUGGUGACAGGCCUUCUAUCCCAAAUAACCAGGCUGUAGUGGCAGCCCUGAAAACUCUUCAAGAAAAGAUCCACCGUCUAGAGCUGGAGAAGUCACAGGCUGAAGCUGAUCUGUGCAGCCUCUCCAGAGCAGCUGCUCAGUAUAAGAAGGCCUUUGAGCUCGAAUCCUAUGAGAAGGACACAGCACAUCAGGAACUGAUGCAACACAGGAAAGAUGCAAGUGAGCAGUUAAAUGCAGCACAAUCCCGCUGCUCCCUGCUGGAGAAACAGCUGGACUACAUGAAGAAAAUGAUUUCCAGUGUGGAACUGGAAAAGAAAAUUAUUUUAAAACAACAGGCCCAGCUGCGGAAAGAGGAAGAUCAGAACUGGCUGGAACUGCAUGCAAAACUUGAAAAGCUUGAAAUACUAGAAAAAGAGUGUCUUAAACUUACUGCUACUCAAAGAAUUGCUGAAGACAAGAUCAAACACUUAGAAGAAAAGAUUUGUAAGGAAGACCAUCAGCAUAAGCUACUACAAGAUAAAAAAUCUCAGCUCCAAACAGAAUUUCAUACAAACAGAAUUUUGAUGUCUUCGGCAACAUCUCAACAUGAACCUGAAGAGGAAAAUGGGAAGAAGAAAAAGCCUAAGAAGAGAAGUCCUACAAUGAAGAAAAUGCACCUUUCACAAUUACAUGUAAAGGCUGGUGAACUACCUUUUGUGGCUGGGAAGUCCGUCAGCUCCAGCCAUUCUGUCAGCGCAAACGUACAAAGUGUGCUGCAUAUUAUGAAGCACCGCAAUCCGUGUGUCUCAUCACAAAGAGGAGCUACGUCUGGGAUUUGCAGACACAGUGCCCUUUCAAAGUCUGUAUCAUCUUGUUCCGCGUCACCUACUGCCACCACAAGCCUUUCAGGCCUUCUGCUGGCCACGCAAGAUGAGCUGGGCCAAAUGAGCUCUGAGUAUCAAGAACUUCUGAAGCAGAUACAGGAGACUCAAGACUCCAGAGUUCGUGAAGGCCUGGAACAGGAGCUGGAUUGCCUUGUAAAACAAAUGGAGAUUAAAGGAGAACAAAUAUCCAAGCUGAAAAAGCAUCAAGCUACUGUGUGGAAAUUAAAGAGAAAAACUCAGAAAUUGAAGCAAGGGGCAACUCAUGUCAAAACAAAAUGUGGUGACCAAAAGGAAGGAACAGAGAUUGGAGUCACUGUAAAGGAAAGGAGGUCUAAAUCUUGUCCUGGGCAGAAAAGCAGAAGCUCUCUUCAGCUGCUAAAAACUGUGAGGAAACUUCAAUCAUCUCUGAAAAAAGAUGAUAUCAUCUGAGAAUAAUAGUUCUGAAGUAUGCUAUAUUAGAAGUUUGUGAAGUUGUCUAACACCUAACAGAUUUUUAAUUGCACAAAUAGAAAAAUUUUAAAAAUAAAAUAGA